AUCGAUGGGAAUUCUAUACCACAGCUGGCUUGAUGAAGAAAAGAGAAAAAAAAACUAACAUGACCUGUUCCACCCGUGUUUGGAUAUCAAUGCAGAUCAACGCCUGUGCCAAGUGUGUCUUGCGCACUGUUUAAAUAGUACUCGUUGAAACCAUAGCGAAGCUUGCAACAUGAGCUCACGACGCUUCAAACGAGGCUUCUUUUCGAUACCAAAGUAUAACCUCUAAUAGCACUUCUUUCAUUUCGAUAUUCCUCCAAUAUAUUCACUUACACCCUCAAGCCCAGGAUGGCAACAUUGGUCAGGCUAAUCGCCAUUAUUCUCUUGUUUCAGUCAGGGUGGGCUUUGACAGUUGUGACAGGAGAGGGCUAUGCCACGUCCGCCUUUGUUGAAAGCUAUUUUAAGCACACUAGCCGCAUCUUCCACAAUUUCGCUCAAAGUUCUCGAGCGAAAAUUCUUCCUAAGGUUUUAGGCGAAGGAUUUACUGGUUCAACUAGGACGAUGUGCACUAGGUGGCAGAGUGGCGCUUGGAGCUUGAUCUCUAAAACCAUCGCAACUUUUCAAGAUCACUUUAACAGAAGAGGGAAACAAAUCAACAAAGACCCGCAUCUACAUCUUGGCUUUCGUGCAACCAGUCAUUGGCCCAUAUCGAAGGACAACACCUCGACCGAGCUUAUGAUGAAAUCUUAUCAUACCCAAGACUCUGAGUUAUUGGCGCAGAUUGUGGAGCCAUCACCCGCUAGAGCUGUUAUCAACUACCCUGCUGAGACAUUUGUAGUCAUUCCGCCCAACACACUUUUCUCGCAGGUAUCUUCUGUGAACUCCUUGCUAGCGUCUCAAUCUACUUCCAAGACCUCGACGCCAUUUGUUCCACUGGUUCCGCACAUCAUGAAGAGCCUUUCAUUUUCAUCAACGCACCAUGCGACAAAAAAAAUCUCGAGGGAUAUUGCCAACGCAAGUAUCAAUCUUAACGCCUCAUCCUCACGCUCAGACAAGCGCUUGGUCUACAGACGUCCGGCGGGAUCCCCAAUGGCAAUGUCAGCUAUCCCCUUGCAAAGAGGUCGCAUGGCAGCCUGGAAGUUUUAAAGAAGCGUGUCGAACUUGCGAUAUUGAAACGCACAAUUCUCUGAAGCAACAAACCGACGGUUGCCUGCGCCUGCAACAUGUGGACAACUUCCUUGAAUUUACCUACUCGGAAAUCGAUGCCCCUUCGUUUGGACCAGAUAAGCGACAGCAUUGCGCACGGAACGCGAAGUAACAGAAGAUCGUUUGUCGAUUUAACAAACGUCGCAGUAAAUAAACACUUUUAUUUUCGAAGAUCAACACUAUAUCAUUUUACCAAAUUGAACCGAUACACCCAAUAUUUGAGUUCUCUCCAUAAUAAAGACAUUCAUUAUAUUUACAUGUACAAAGCAAAUACCUUCCCCACGCACACACGAACGGCGGGUUUUACGAAUCCCCAGGCUUUGACCAGUAUCGCUUAUCUGGAGCAGAAUAAUGCUGCAAUUGUGAUCUUGACGGCCUCCUCAACGCUUAAUGUGUGCCCUUUUUUAUGUGAUGUUACUGCAUACGUAAUUUAAUCCUUUCAGUUUCUUGCAUUUACAACGUGUGGUCAUAUUAGAUCCCCAUUCCUCAAGUGUAAGGUUCCCCAAAACCUGGCUUUAAUUGGAUGU